UUGAUUAAGUUAGUCGAGGCAGGUGUGCUCGUUAAGUGCUGUAACAGGAAGGCUGUUGGGGCUGAUGUUGUAAACCAGCGUAGAUGCAUCAGGAGCUGGAUGUGAUUCAAACUCAUGUGCUGGAAAUGGAUGAGUCUGACAUGCAGUAUGAGGUAGAGAGACCGUUUCCCUACAGCCCUCAGGCAGGAUUAUUCUUCAGUAUGAACCAUGAGGAAAAAAUAGAUUCUGAUAGGAGAUCUAUCUAUGUGGGGAAUGUGGAUUAUGGAGCAACUGCAGAUGAACUGGAGAUGUACUUCAAUGGCUGUGGCCACGUUAACAGAGUUACAAUCCCGUAUAAUAGAUUCACAGGACAUCCAAAAGGUUUUGCCUACAUUGAGUUUUCAGAGAGGGAGUCUGUGAGGACUGCCAUGACUUUAGAUGAAACACUAUUCAGAGGACGUGUCAUUAAGGUAUUGCCAAAAAGAACAAACAUUCCAGGUUUCAGGACUACAGACUUGCGUGGAGGUUGGUCCCGAGGACGAGGUUUCCGUGCUUCGAGAUUUUACAACCCAUUCAGGGGCUGCCACUUCAUUAGGGAAAAUGGAAGAGCUGAUCCUUGGGUUGAUUCUUUUUGAUAUUCAAUUUGGACUUUUCUGUUAUCUUCAAAGCACUUCUUGGUGCUGAUUAAUUUAUGUUUCAGUAAUGCAUGACGGGAGCUCAGUUAUUAUUUUUCUGUGUGUGUAUAGCUUGAAUGACACGACAAAAACGGAGACUUGAUUUGUAUUGAUUGGUUGCUAUUUUAUUUAUAUUUUAUUCAAUUUCUUUAAAAUACUAUGCCUGUAAGAGGCUGAGAUGUCUUGUGAAUUUCAGUACUUUGUCUAUUUUGGAAUUUCAGUGCUUCAAUUUAAGUCAAAUCAAUGUAAAUAAAAUCAACAUUAUCACACGUCA